UUGAUGACUGCAUCUGGGAGGCACUCACCAGAUGAGCAGGAUCAUGGGAGAAUUUCAGGGGAGGAGAUCCUCUGUGCAAAUGAUUGCUGACUUCAUCUGACUGUCCACACAAAGUCCUGAAUACAAGAAAAGCUUCCAGAUCUUGCACAGCCCAGAAACCUCUCCUGAGUCAGAAACCUGCAGUCUCUCAACCUGUUUUGUCCCCUGCCUCCAGGGGAAGCUCUCUAUCUGAUUUUCAAUAGUGACUGGGCAAAAUCCCAAGAAAGCCCACUCUGAAACAACAGAGGAGCGAGUCAGUGAGGCUCUCAGAGGAGCCAGGUUUCUCUUUAACCUGCAAUGACUUCUCCUAUCCUCACCCCUAGGACACUGCUCUCUUUGCUUCCAAAUGCCUCAGCUCGGAAACUGUUCCUGAUGGUGUUAAUUAUCUUUGUUUUCUGGGUCGUCUUCAUGACUUCAAAAGACCACACAGAGUUUAUGUUUCAUUUAAAAAACCCCAUCAUUCUGAGACGAUGGCGCAUCUUCAAGGAGUUCUUGCCGUCGGAAGAGCUUCAGAACACACCAACCUCAGUGGAGGCAGACAUGGCAAUCCUGGACAAGCUAAACCAGCAGAUCCCGCCCAGACCUUUCCUCAACCAUAGCAGCACCACCAGCGCCAAACACAGCACAGCUACCAUCCUCAACCCUCAGCGUGUGUACUGCAUAGGAGACCAGCUGGACGUCUUGCUGGUGGCCAAGGACUAUUUUGGUCACAAGAAGGAAUAUGGCGGGGAUUUCCUGAGAGCCAGGAUUUCCUCCCCAGCCUUGAAGGCAGGAGCUUCUGGAAAGGUGACAGACUUCAACAACGGCACCUACCUGGUCAGUUUCACUCUGUUCUGGGAGGGCCGAGUCUCCCUGUCUAUCCUGCUCAUGCACCCCAGUGAAGGGGUGUCAGCUCUCUGGAGAGCAAGGAACCAGGGUUACGACAGAAUUAUCUUCACUGGCCAGUUUCUUAAUGGCACCGCCCAUGUCCUCACCGAAUGUGGCCUUAGCUUAAACACAAGUGGGGAGCUGUGUCAAUAUCUGGAUGCUCGAGAUAACGAGGCCUUCUACUGCUUGAAACUUCGAGGUGUUCCUUGUGAGGCCCUGACCCACAUGACAACCAAGAAUAGUGACGUCUCCUACCUCAGCCUUAAGGAGAAGCUCCUUUUCCGGAGGUUCAACAUAGGAGUUGAAGUGGUGAAGAACUUGGCCAUCACGGUCUCACCGUGUAAGAACAAGACCGAGAGCAAGAAAAGGAAAUGCCAGAUUGGAAUGGAGACUCCUUUCCCCAGUGGCUAUACUUUGAGAGGAAGGUGGAUUCCAGCACAUUGUGAACAGAAUGAGUUCAGGGAGAUAAAAUACAUAAAUAAUUGUUUGGCAAGAAAACUGAUCUACCUCAUGGGUGAUUCAACACUGCGCCAAUGGAUUUACUACUUAAACCGAGUUGUGAAAACCUUAAAAUUCUUUGAUCAUCAUGGAAGUGGACUCUUUAAAACUCACAUCCUUCUGGACACUGAACGGCAUACUUUGGUUCAGUGGAAAAAGCACGGCCAUCCCUUUGUUACUCAAAAGCUGUUCUCCAUGAAGGACGACAACUAUAUCCCUCGGGAAAUUGACCAGGUGGCAGGAGACAGUGGUACAGCAAUUGUCAUUAGUUUUGGCCAGCACUUCAGACCCUUUCCCAUCAACAUUUUCAUCCGUAGGGCCAUCAAUGUCAAAAAGGCCAUAGAGAGGCUGUUCUUACGGAGCCCCGAGACCAAGGUGAUAAUUAAAACAGAAAACAUCAGAGAAAUAAGUGAAAAUGCAGAGCUAUUCAGUGAUUUCCACGGAAGCAUUCAGAAUCUUAUUAUAAGGGACGUUUUCAGGGACCUCAAUGUGGGUAUUAUUGAUGCUUGGGACAUGACAAUUGCAUAUCGCAGUGAGAAUGUCCACCCACCUGACAGCGUGAUUGAAAGUCAGAUUGGCAUGUUCUUAAACUACAUUUGCUAGAGGGUCUUAAAGUGCAGAGAACGUCUCUAGCCUCCCUACCUCUGUUCUUUCAAAUCUCAUAGGUACUUGCAUAGACAACACAACCUAACAUACGAAGAAGCGAAUAUUCAGGAUCGUAGUUUAAUGGACACACCAUACAGUCCGCCACUCAAAUCACUUUUAACCCUACAACUCAGCAGUGCCAAGUGAAGUCCUAUGUCACACCACCAUCACGACAAUCCAGUUUUUGAACAGUUUUAUUCAUCCCAAGUAGAAAUCUCGAACCCAUGAAACACCCACUCACCACUUCCUCUGAGCCUCGGACCUUGGCAUCUGCAACUGUACAUUCUGCAUUUGACCGCUUUAAACAUCUCAUGUAGAUGAAAUAGUAAAAGUCACUGAACUCGUGCCCGGCUUAUUUCACUUAGCACAAUGUCUUUAAGGUUCACCUAUGCUGAAUGUAUGAGAAUGUCUUCCUUUAUGAAGAGUCAACAUAAUUUCUUCCUAUGUAUGUAUUGUGCUUUGAUUUUUGGUUUAUUUGUUGAUGAACAUUUAGUUUGUCUUUGCCUUUUGGGCAUUGUAUAUCUCAGGGCUGUGGAGACGGGUGUGGAUUUAAGGGCUUGUUUCUUCUUCUAAGCUUGAUGUUUAAAUAGUAAAUUUUCAUUGUCCGUUUCUUAUUUUUUAAAUAUUAUUUAAUUAUUUAUGUGUAUGUGUGAGUGUGUCUGUCAGCGAACAUCAGGUGUUGUUUGAGGAUGUCUGCAGGGGCCAGAAGAAGAGGGUUUCAGAUCCUCUCUAGAGUUAUGGGUGGUUGUGACUUGCCCAACGUGGGUGCUGGGAACUGAACUCUGGUCCUCUGGAAGUGUGGCAAGUGAUCUUAACCAUCCAGCCAUCCUUCCCAGCCACUGCUGUCUUUAUUUUAAAGGCAUGUGCAGUCCCAAAACACAUAGCUUUAAUGAUCUGCUCAGAAAAAGAUAAUGCUUAGAACAGGACCACAAUAGCAGUGUGUUCUUGUUUAGCAAAAUUCCUUAAGAUUUGAUACCCAGUUGUUGCUUGGAUUCCACUGUGAUUCAGUGGCCACAGUCCAAAGGCCACAAACUUAUUGUGUAAAAUCAACUUCACAUUAUGAGAUGAUGCAGAAUUAUAAGAUCCUGAUUCUAGGUGACACAAGAAGUAUGAUACGGGAGUCUCUCCAACGACCUCAGAUAACUUCAUAAGUAUCCUAGAAUCUUUCUCCUGACAGAAAAUAUAAUUAUCUACUUUUCAAGGUAUAUUUUUUUAUUAAGGAUAUUUCCCAUGUUUGGAUUGUAUUUGUGAGUGAAAGAAAGUAAAAUUAUAAUGUUAAAACAUUAACGCAAUGAUCAGGUCAUACAACUUUGGACUGGACUCUAAACAACCCACAAUAAAAGUAUAAAAAA